AGGGAGGGUUUGUGCGCUUGGAGGGAAAUUCAACCAAAAUAGAAAAUAAAGGAUAAACAGCUGGUCUCCAGAGUCUGAAAACAUCACACCUCUCAAGUUUGAUGCAGCCUCUCUGUCGCUGUUAGCUUCGCCAGCUAGCCUCGAUUUAAAGCUACACAUGCCUUGCCGCACGGAGUCAGCGAUGGGCUAAUCCAGAAGAGGCUGAUGGACAAAUAUAUGAACGGAUAACAUGGCUGGAAAGACGACGAGGACGCUGGAAAAUCAACUGUGUAGAGCUGUGAAGGAUGGAGAACCGAGAUCUGUGCAGCUGCUUCUUUCACAAGGUGCGUGCCCUGACCUGGUGGGCGCUAAAGGGGUGGCUGCAAUACACUUGGCCGUCGGCAAAGAGACUGAGAAGAACACGCGCUGCUUGAAAAUGUUGCUGCAGUAUGGAGCGGACCCCAAUAUCAGGUCAUCAGAGGGCCUGACUCCUCUUCACAUUGCUGCACUGUGGGGAUGUUAUCAAAAUUUGAAGCUGCUCUUGAUGAAUGGAGGGAACCCACACAGUAAAGAUAAUGAAGGGAACACACCAGGGCAGCUUGCAGAGCAACAGGAGAAUCGAAAAUGUGCCCAGCUCCUUCAGGAGCACCAGGGCAGUUCAGUGGACGCAGAGGACGACGACUUGCCCCAAUUCCAAUACUCUGUGUUUUCAGACCAAACAGACACAUCCAGCUAUCCAGAAUCAGAUUACAGCUUCAGUUCCAACUCUUCUAUGAUAAGUGGCUUAGGUGAAGCCCCAUUGAGCAGCACAAGGCGCUCGUCAUUUUUCAACAUGUCUAUCAUUAAUGGAGGAAUACCAUAUAACAGACUCUCUGAUAUUAGGAGGCAUCACUGGGCUAAUUCCUCCUCACAUGGGGCAUCUGAAGGUCCCUCUAUACUAUCAAGCACUCGCAUGUCUGCAGUGGGACCUUCAGUCGCAAUGCCGAUUCUUAAGGAGGAUGAUUUAUUUACUCAUGAUGAUGUGUUCACAUCAGAAGCAAAUGAACAUGCUGCUACGACUGACGGAAGAAUCUCCCCCUCCAGAAGAGACACUCUUCCAGCAUUUCUUCCCAGGCGAGCGAGCCGUAAGAGCGUGAGCUUCAAAGAUGCAGAUGAAUAUUUCCCGGUUUUUAGUCCUGAAUCUUGCAGUCAACAGCCUGCUGUUGAUGGCAAGAAUUUCACUGGCAGCUUACCCUUUGACCUGUCCGAGUACUCUGACUUCCUGGAUUCAGAACGCAUGGCCACCAUUUUACACAAGCAGGGUAUCGAUGUCACAUCGCCGGAUCACGUUUAUGUUUUUUGCAGGGAAAGCAGUGAGAGCGCAGAAGAAGACAUGGAGAAAACAGUCAUCAGUCACUGUGCCUUGAAUGAGAGUGAUGAUGAGGACGAGGAUGAACAUGUAAAAGAGGCUGUGGUGAAUAUACCAGAGCAGCCAGCCUGUUUCCGUGUUGGUAGCAGUAGCAGUGGGACUGGUAGUAGUCAUUAUAGUAGCUGUGAGAGUGAUCAUUACACCAGUGCUCUGGAUAUGUCUGUACAUCCCAGAGUGCUUUUACUCCCCAAGUUGUCUGUUGGGGCUGAAUCUGACAAAAAGAUUCAUAUUUCUACAGACUCUGAUUCUGAAUUGGCACGGCACAGUGAGGAUCUUCCACCUCUUCAAAAAGAGCUGCAGAACAAUUCAAACCCUCAAACUAUUGAGCACUUACCAGGUAUGUGUGAUAAACUGGCCCUGUCUCAAGCAAAACUCCCAAACACAGACGUAUCUGAAGCUUGUAGUGGUCCUGUCGUGGACACUUCAAGUGAAGGUGGUGUUGACCAGCGAGAGGAUGACACAGUUGAAGCAUUACAGAAAACCCUUCCAUUCACACCAAGUCCUUUUGUAACGGGCAGGACUCGCUCAAGGUUGAGUCGCUGCUCACUGAGAACAAGCAGAACUCCUGAUAGCCUCCUCGCCACAUCUUCUCUGUUUGAAGACACCCUCCCUACACCAGUUAGAUCACGCCGCCAGACGCCCAGAUCUCAUAGCAGGGAAGACUUUUACAGUUCACCACAUGCACCUUGUUAUACACGAUCAUACUCAGGGAGUAGCACAGGAGGAGACUCAUUGCCUGCUGAUUGUCAGGACACACAGUCCAGCACCCUCAGAGCUGGUUCAAGUGUUAGUAAUAGCCAAGCUGACACUCUGAUCCUCUCCAGGAGCAUAACUGACACUAUUACUGAGUCGCAGACUUUGUCUGACACAGUCGUACUGGAGAAAAAUCAGGACACUCCAACAGGCACUUAUGAAAGAAACCUUGCAGAGGUAAUACUUGCCAUGCGAGGCCAUGGUCUUGCUGAAAAUGGGGAUUUUCUGACUGAUGAUCUGACGAGUACAGACGAGGCAAUGACAAAAAUAAAUGAUCAUGUAAAUAGUAAGGACAAAGUCGACAGCCUACAAAACGAAAAUGUCUCGAUCACUGAGGACUGUAGCUCUCAGGCGGACUCUGUGUCAUCUUCUUCCAGCUCCAGCUAUUUUUCCCCAAGAAGGUCAAGGGAAGACUCCGACCUUCCUUGCACUCCAGGCACAGGAUGCACCCCCAGGUACAGCAUGAGCCGGCUGUCGAGCUGCCGCAGGCCACAGAACCUGGCUAAUUUGUCUUACACCCCCGGAGGGCGUCCACUCAUUCAGGAUCUGGACGAACCAGUGGAGUACCUCUACACUGAUACAGAACAGGGCCACAAGCUGAUUGAGAUCCACGUCCCUCCUACUGCAAACACCUCCCUCAGCUCUAGUAUCAGUAUUAGCAGCAGCGAGGAGACCAUCCUUUAUGACUGGCGCUCCAUGCAGACUGACCUGAUGAACAACAGAGGAAAGGAGAACCAGAAGCCCCAGAUGGCACAACAGAAGGAAGAAAAUGAUGAGCACAGUUUGUUGUCGGAGACCAAAGGGAUGACGGACAAGGAGCUGAGAUUGAAGCUAGUAGAGCUGGGGGAGAGCCCAGGCCCCAUUAGCAGCCGCACCAGGCCCACCUACAUGCGAAGGCUGUGCCGCCUGUUGCUGGAGUCAAACUCCCAAUCACCACAUCCUCAGAAGCAGCUGGACCAGCCACAAACAGAUUUAGAUUAUAGUCCAGAAUUGCGUCGUGCCCUGAGGACCUUCGAGCUGCCUAAUUGCCAGGCUGACGAGCAGGCUUUGUGCCAGCAGUUUGACCAACCAGAUCAAAACAGAAAAUGGAGGGAGGGCAUCAUCAAGUCCAGCUUCAACUACCUGCUGCUCGACCCAAGAGUGACGAAAAACCUCCCAUUCCGCAGUCACACCAUGACUCCACAGGAGUGUUUCCAGACAUUUAUCAACGCUAUAUUCUAUGUGGGCAAAGGAAAACGCUCCCGCCCCUACAGCCACCUGUAUGAGGCUCUAGAGUACUACAAAGGAGACAAGACCUCCAAGAAACUGUGCCCCAAAGUGCAGCACAUCCUUCAGGUGUGGAACGCCGAGCAGGGCGUCAUCUCUCUGCAUUGUUUUCAGAAUGUCAUUCCAGUUGAGGCCUACACAAGAGAGGCCUGCAUGGUGGAGGCCAUCGGGUUGAAAAUGCUCACCAAUCAGAAGCGAGGGGACUUUUAUGGCGUGGUGUCCAACUGGCAGGUGAAGAAGAAACGGGAGCUGGGUGUCCACCUGCUCUACAGGGCCAUGCAGAUCUUCCUGGCUGAGGGUGAGAGACAGCUCAGACCAGUAGACAUCAGACAGUAGUGACCCCCACUGGAGGGUUGUGUGAACAGCAUCGAAAUGCCAGUGCACAUUGGGGCAAAUACCACUAUUAAGGGUAGAGAGAAAUCAGUCUUUGGACAUUUUUGUGCUCAAAAGAUGAGUGAGGUUUACAUCAAGAUCCUGAGUUGUUACCCAGUGUGUUUUUUACCUAGUCUCUUUCUACUAUGAAUGAUCCCUCCAUCCCUGAGCAAUAUUUUUUCAACAUCCUCUGCCAGUCUUAACAUCCUUUAAGCUUGUUAGUUCCAAUCUUGUUUUACUUGCUUGUCUUUGUUAACAAUGACGUUACCUAAAUUUGGUUUUGCAUUAAUUUCUUUUUGUAUGUAAGCUUUACGUGGAUUGGAGAUGCAAUUGCUCGUCACAUUGCUUUUAAUCUGUCCAGAUAUGACAAAAAAUUAUGAUUCCACGAAAAGCGGUGUUAUUAGAUUAAGAAAAAAAAAAGUGGGAAUCAAAACUGUGAGAUUGCAGGUCUUUCAAAAGUCACAACAAAUAAGCAUGACAAAGUUAUUUUCCAAAAACAUCCUUCCCAGUAGGGCAUUUUUCUUCUCGACUGCUGUAGUACUAAUGAUGAAAUUGAUCCACAACUGAUUUCAUAUGCAUUUCAGCAUAACAAAUAAGCUGGUGUCGCAUUGCACAUAAACGAGUCAAAGCAUAAUGUCUUUUUUUCCAAAGGAGCUGGGAGAGUUGUAUUAACAGAUGAAGCCUGGCAGUUAAUCACAUUAUUUUCGUAGUGUUAAAGAUAUGGUGAAUUUAGCAGACGCUGGUAACUGUUACUAAGCAUGAUAGGUUUCAUGGAUAAACCAACAAUGAAGUUUAUAUUUUUAGAAACGUAAUCUGUAAAAUGUGAUUUAAUUUGUUUACAUGGUUUGAUUUCCCUUUUAGUUUGUUUAAAAAAAAAAUGAUGAUAGCGUCCAAUAGUAGUAGAUGUUUGUAUGCAUACAGUUCUUUUAUAAAUAUUAAUAUAACAUAUAUUAUAUAUUUUUAUAUUGUAUAAUAUAUUUUAUAUUAAUAACUGUUUGUCGGGUAGAACACCAGGACUUACGAUGGCUGAGAUCAGUGGUUAAUUCACAUCAUUAGGUCACACCUUUUAUCAAUUGUGAUAAUCUACAUAAUUUUGUUAGCUAAUAAAAUGAAUGAAUCUUUAUCCGUCAAAGAAAUCCCAAACUGAAGACACUCUUUUACUUGAAAACAGUCUCAUCUCAUGGUUUACACAUUAAUAUCCAGGGCAAUGAGCUUCAAAACUCAAACAUGAUCUCCUCAGGGUAAAAUACUUGAUCAGUUAUCUGGGAGAUGCACAUAUUCUUUAUUUUACACAAAAGGCAUUAAUACUAACAAUUAAAAAGACAAUUUUGUAUUAGAGAUUUAUUUUUUUACUUCCUAUUACCCUGUUUGAAAAUAUCAAAGCAUGAGAUCAUCAUGAAGGGAGUAAAAGAUCUACAGCUUUUACUUUUAAUCAUCAAAAUAAUUACCUUUUUAAUAAUUAAACUAGUAAUAAUAAAAAAAAUAGACAACAGACAAACAGUUGGUGUGUAGACACCCCCUUAUGGUUUUCACAUUUUCAUAGUUUUUAAAAUAAUUCUUCAUUGUGAUCUAUGUUUGAUAUGAUUUCUUGGUCGAUUGUCACGUGUAAUGGUACAUAUAGUCAUUUCUCCAUACAUGUAGUGAUGUGCGCUCUUUUCAAUAUGAUCUUUAACUUCUGCUGUUAAUGCAAUUUUUUUUGUGUUUUCACUUUUAUUUUGCAUUUCUGUAAAUGUAGUAAAAUACAAAUGACAAAACUGA